CAUAAUUUGAAAUCGCUAUGGAUUCAAGUUCAAGUAAAGCGAAAUAAAUAUGUUCUUAAUAUCUAAGAGAGGCUAUAGGAUAGGGGAGUUUAAUUAGACAUUAUGUUAAUGUAUAAUAAAGUUUUAAUUGUAAUAUAUAACAAAAAAAAUUUUGCGCAAAAACAUUAAAACAUACCAAUUUUCCUCCAAUUUAAUAAGUUUGAAUUAUCUUCCUCGUACACUGCGAAAUUUUCAUAUCUCUGAUGGUCUUUAAUUGCAUAAUAUGCAACAACUGGGUGUAACAUGGAGGAAACUGGCUACAAAUCUUCGCAGAUCACAGCCUGUAUCAUAUUUCAAGAGAACAGUAAAAGUAGCUUUUAGUGAUAAAUAUUUAUUUUACACAAAUGUAACGAUAUCUGUAAGCUUAUCAUCAGUUGGUGAUUUAUUACAACAAUCAUAUGAAAUAUAUACCAAAGAGCAAACUAAUUAUGAUUUUAAAAGGACAAUGCAUAUGGCAUUUUCUGGUGCCGCAGUGGGUGUUUUAUGUCACCAUUGGUAUAAAAUAUUAGACAAGAUAAUAAUAGGUAAAACAACAGAUAUGGUUAUUAAAAAACUACUGUUAGAUCAAUUAAUAUUUUCACCAAUCAUGAUAACUACUUUCUUUGGUAGUGUUGCCAUAUUCGAAGAUGAUCCGUUAGAGAAUUUUAAAGAAGAAGUCAAAGAUAAAUUUAUAACAUUGUAUAGAGCUGAAUGGAUGGUCUGGCCGCCGGCGCAACUUAUUAAUUUCUAUUUUCUGCCGACCCGAUUUAGAGUAUUAUAUGAUAAUACAAUAUCAUUAGGAUAUGAUGUGUAUACCUCGCAAGUAAAGCAUAGUAAACCAUUAAAAUCAGUUCCGAUUGAUUUAAAAACAAAGGAAAUACAUUGAUUCGAUUAAAACAAAGAAAUAGUGUUAAAAUAUUAGUCAAAUGUACAAAAUUACAAUUAAUUACAGUGUGUUUUGUUUUAUAAUUGUAGAAUUUGGAUAAAUUCCAAUAAGAGUUUAUUGACAUGUAAUGAAGCUAUGCUGUGAUAAUUGUAACAUUUCCUAUUGUAUUAUAAUAGACUA